AUGUCUGGAAGAUUGUGGUCCAAAGCCAUUUUUGCUGGCUAUAAACAGGGUCUUCGGAACCAGAGAGAGCACACAGCUCUUCUUAAAAUUGAAGGCGUUUAUGCCCGAGAUGAAACUGAAUUCUAUUUGGGCAAGAGAUGUGCUUAUAUGUACAAAGCAAAAAACAACACAGUGACUCCUGGCGGCAAACGUAACAAAACCAGAGUAAUCUGGGGAAAGGUAACUCGUGCUCAUGGAAAUAGUGGCAUGGUUCGUGCCAAAUUCCGAAGCAACCUUCCUGCUAAGGCCAUUGGACACCGAAUCCGUGUGAUGCUGUACCCCUCAAGGAUUUAA